CGAACCCAGUAGACAUUCUUCAAAUCCUUUAUUAUCUGUUUUUGUUUUGUUUUCUUCGUCUGAGAGAGAAGAAUCCCUAGAAAACAGAAGUUCUAAGAAGAAGAAGAAGAAGAGAUGGCUCGUACUAAGCAAACUGCUCGUAAGUCUACUGGAGGAAAGGCACCAAGGAAGCAACUUGCAACUAAGGCUGCACGUAAGUCUGCACCAACUACUGGAGGAGUGAAGAAGCCUCACAGAUACCGUCCUGGUACUGUUGCUCUUCGUGAAAUCCGUAAGUAUCAGAAGAGUACCGAACUGUUGAUCAGGAAACUUCCAUUCCAGAGGCUUGUUCGUGAAAUUGCCCAAGAUUUCAAGACCGAUUUGCGUUUCCAGAGCCAUGCAGUGUUGGCAUUGCAGGAAGCAGCUGAGGCAUACCUGGUGGGACUGUUUGAAGACACUAACCUUUGUGCCAUCCAUGCUAAGCGUGUCACCAUCAUGCCCAAGGACAUCCAGCUUGCAAGGAGGAUUCGUGGUGAGAGAGCUUAGAUGGUUGCUGGAAAUCGAGUAGACAUAGUGGUAUUAAGCUUGCAGUAACACCGAGGAGAAACAUUACUCUUUAUGCUCUAGUUAAGUUGUGCAAGUUGGUUAAUUUGGUGUUUUUCGUUUGAGAGAUGUUUAGGUCAGGUUACCAAUCUCUGUUAAAACUGCUGUGGUAUGUCAGUUGAACCUGAACCCCUUAUUCUGAUAUAAUGUGAAUUUUCAGUUUUUUGUUAAAUUUGUUGCUGGAGUUUCGUAUU